AUGCCUUCAAACAGAAAUCUUGUAUCCGAGCCAGUUGGCGGAGGCGUCCUCAGCAAAUUCUAUCAAUGGGUGACGCAAGAUCCCACCAAAUGCGCAAUUGUCUAUGAAGAUGAACAACUUACCUACUCAGAAUUGGAUCACCGCUCGCGCCAGCUCGCAUCGAAUUUAACACAGCAUGGGGUCGGCCUGGAGGAUAUCGUGGCAUUUUGUUUUCCUAAAUCUGUCCACGCUGUCAUUGCCAUCCUCGCGAUCCUUCGCUGUGGCGCUGCGUUCACGGCGCUUCCUCCCGAUGCACCGAAGGUUCGGAAAAAUGACAUUUUGAGUGUCUGUAAACCAAAGGCUGUUCUUUGUGGAGAAGAGCAGAAAGGGAUAUUGGAAGGUUUAAAUGUUCCAAUUCUCCCCGUUGGAAACCAGACGUAUCGCCAACACGUGCCGGCCGUAGAGUUCCCAAUUAUCAGCAACAACAACGCUGCGUGUGUUUUGUUUACAUCCGGAUCAACAGGCAAACCAAAAAGCGUUGUUUACGAGCACGGCAACAUCCUCUUUGCAUCAGAAACAUGGGGAGCGCAUGUCGGCAUCGGACCUACUUCGCGCAUCCUACAAUGGUGCUCAUUCACUUUCGACGUGAGCAUCGUCGAGACUGUUGUCGCGCUCAUGCUUGGCGCCUGCAUCUGCAUGCCAACUGAUGAACAACGCACGCAGGACACAGAGGCUUUCGUCAACCGAGUCAAUGCUGACUGGGCCUUCUUCACUCCCUCUGUGGCGCGUACCCUAGACCCUACACGCAUGCCCGGACUCAAAACAGUCUUGCUCGGCGGGGAAGCGACGAGCAAAGAGAUCGCCGCUCGCUGGGCGCCCAAUCGUCGUCUUGUCAACUGUUACGGGCCAUGUGAGUGUACAGUAUAUUUCUCGUUUGCAGAGCUGCAUGAUGAGAGCGCAGAUAUUCGCAACGUCGGCAUCCCCACUUUCAAUGGUUACAUAGUCAGUCCAGACGAUGUAAACAUUCUGAUAGAAGACGAAGUUGGGACGGGAGCACUCGCUGUAGGCGAGCUUCUCAUUCAGGGGCCUAGUGUUGUUCGUGGGUAUCUGAAUGACAACAGGUCGGGGGCAUUCGUUGACCCACCUACCUGGUAUGACGGCCCUUUGGGACCGGAAGCGCGAUUUUACCUCACUGGGGAUGUCGCCGAGCGCUGUAAAGACGGCUCAAUCCGUAUUCUGGGCCGCAAGGACCGCCAGGUCAAGAUUCGCGGGCAAAAGGUCGACCUGGACGAGAUUCGCCAUCAUUUCCUGUCCUCAAUUCCAGAAUUACACGACUUUGUCGCCCUUUUCGAGGGGUUCUCCACAACACAACAACACCGGCGGCAUGAGCUGGUCGCGUUUGUCGUUCCUCGUUCCAGUCAACGCCAAGUCGCAGCGAAGAUAACGCCAAUGACUGAUGAGCUUCUCGCGUCUCUGACCCAUACCUCCGAAGCCCUGCAGGAGGUUGUUGCUCGAUACAUGCUUCCUACUCUCUUCAUACCAUUGACGGCUAUCCCAUUGACCGCGCAUUCAAAGCUUGACCUUCCUACCUUACGCGCGCUCCUGGCCUCUCUGAGCCCAGCUCAGGAAAGGAGGUUCGCUCUUCACGAGCGUGAGUUUGAGCCUCUUGUCACCGAAGACGAAUUGAUACUGGGUGAAAUCUUGGCCGUUCAAUUGGCUCUGCCAGUAUCUGAUAUCAACAGGAACAUGGGGUUCGUCCAACUUGGUGGUGACUCGAUCAAGGCCAUGAGCGUGGCGAAGGAAUUAGGUCACAAGGGCAAGUACCUCCCAGUCCAGACGGCGUUAUUAUCAUCCACAAUCAAAGAAAUGGCAGAGGCAAUCAUACCAGCCGUGGCUUCCUCGUCACUCAAAGUCCCUACUCCUUUCUCCCUUCUAAGCGCUGGAAACACCGAAAUCGUUCGCCAAGAAGCUGCGAAGGCCUGUGGAGUACCUGAAGAAGCAGUGCACGAUGUAUUUCCGUGCACAUCUCUGCAGGAGGGGUUUCUUGCGGUCUCCUCUCGAGACAACAGUGCGAAUGUGGCGAGAUAUGUCUUCAAAAUGGGAGAGGGAGCUGAUGCGCACGCAUUGUCUGCGGCGUGGCUCGCAACUGUCUCAACUAUCGAAACUCUACGAACAAGGUUUUUCCCGAGUCCCACCGAGGGUCUUGUGCAAGUUGUGGUUGACGACGGGGAUUGGAGCUUAUCUUCCCUUGAGAAACUGCCAGACUUGCUAAAGUCCCACAACAGCAGCCCCUUCGGUCUAGGAAGCCCCAUGGUCCGAGCUGGCCUUGUCAGAAAGCCAAGGCUCUUUGUUCUGUCGAUACACCACGCAAUCUUCGAUCUUUUCACUUUGCGUCUCAUCUUGCACACAUUGAAAGCGGCGUAUACCCAACAGGCACUCCCCCCAGUACUUCCAUUCACAAUAGCCCUGGACGAGCGGCGAGGCGCCACCUCUGCGGCAGCUAGCGAGGCCUUUUGGAAGUCCACCUUGCAGCACAGUUCGGUGUCGAACUGGCCAGUUCCAGCACUCACAAACUCGUCACCAGCCAAAAGUGAGUGGGCACAUUGCUCUCGAAAGCUCAAAAUUCCCUCAAAAAACACGGAAGGAAAAGCAAAUACCACUGUCGCGACAUAUCUUCAAGCAGCAUGGGCUCUGCUCCUCGGUGCAUACCAAGGGAGCGAUGACGUCGUGUACGCAAUGGCUGUCUCUGGCCGAGAGUCAAACCGCUGCGAUCCGCUUCAAAUUGCAGGACCCAUGCUUGCCACCUGCCCCUUACGAUUGCAUACAAGUGAGGCGGGCACAGUGGGUGGUCUGCUCGCAUAUGUACGGAAGACUGUUCUUGAGACCACCCGCCACGCGCACUUGGGUAUACAGCGAAUUGCUCGUCUUGGUGAAGAUGAGAGGCGCGCUUGUACGUUAAGGACGAUGCUUGUGGUGCAGCCUGAUCUUACUAGCACAGCGAUGCUCGAGGAUAUCGGCUUGCAUCUUGAUACUGAGUUGACACAAGAAGAAGCUCUGGGAUCAUACGCAUGCUGGGUGGAAUGCAUACCAAGUGGAGAUCACUUGACGCUGAAGAUGGAAUACAUGUCUGAGUCUGUCGGCGUGGACGGGUCCAGUAUCCUUCAGUGCCUGGAACACCUUUUCUGUAUUCUUGUACAGGCUGUCCCUGAUGACACCGUAUCAAAACUUCCGCUCUUCCCCUCGCAGGGUCUGGUAGUGGCUCACCCGCGCCAUGAGGCCGCUGUGACUGAAGUUUGCCAGCAGACUGUCCAUGAAUAUAUCUUCAACUUGAAUGUAAAUCAGAAACAUCUAGACAGGCAAGCUGUUGUUGGUUGUGACGGCGAGAUCACGUACCGAGAGCUUGAUCAGCUUUCAGAGCGAUUGGCUCUCAGACUACGAAAUCUUGGGCUUGCUAUCGGAGACGUGGUACCGUUCCACACACAUAAGUCGAUCUGGACGGUGGUCGGCUUACUCGCGGUCCUGCGCGCAGGCGGAACCAUUAUGUUCCUCGACAUUAACAAUCCGACCUCGCGGAACAAAGAGCUUCUGAGCCAGCUUCAUCCCUAUCCUACACUGAUGCUCUGCUCUCCAGGAACGGAGCAGUUUUGGUCUGCCGACGUGAAGUGCACUGUUGAGCUCGGAGCAGACCUCAAGUCGGACACCAAUUACUCACUCGCCGCCUCACUACCGCAGGUACCCCCAGAAACAGUCGCCUACCUCUUUUUUACCAGUGGGACGAGUGGAACUCCGAAGGGCAUCGAAGUUGAGCAUAGAGCGUAUCUCACAGCUGCACUGGCUCGGUUGGACACAUUCGAGCGCAAGCCUCGAUCCCGCGUUCUUCAAGUGACCCCGUUCUCCUUUGACGUCUCCAUUGACGAUAUGUGGACAACGCUACUAGCAGGCGGGGCAAUCAUUAUGCCAUCCGAGGCAGAGCGCCUGGAUGAUCUCGCAGGUUCGAUAGCCCGGUAUGCCGCCACGGACGUCAGUCUAACUCCAACUGUGGCCACCCUGCUACGUCCUGACCAAGUGCCAAGUCUGGAAGCGUUGGUGCUUGCCGGCGAAAGCCCCAGUGAAGCGCUCUACGACACAUGGCUUGCCACCUCUGUUCGUUUGUACAACGCCUAUGGUCCGACCGAAUGCAGCAUUUUGGCGACAGCUACCCGGGCUGUUCCUGGCGAUCCACGUAACAUCGGCCAUGUCCUUUGCGGCCGCGCGUGGGUAACGCAUCCUGAAAACCCGCACGUUCGUAUGCCGCUGGGCGCAGUGGGAGAGUUGCUGAUCGAGGGCCCAUCGCUCGCACGGGGCUACUACCGCAACGAGGCAGCGACAUUACAAAGCUUUGUCGUGAACUUGCAGUGGUCAAGUCCAGAGCGACGAUUUUAUAGAACAGGUGAUCUGGUCCGCGCAAACUUAGAUGGCUCCUUCACGUAUCUGCGCCGCCGGGACCAGCAGGUAAAGCUAAGAGGCGUGAGAAUCGAAGUGGGCGAGAUCGAAGCAAAACUGCUCUCGGCUGGGGUCGGUGUUAUCCAUGAAGCAUGUGUCGACAUUGUCAAAUCACAAGGGAAAGAGGCCUUGGCGGCACUAUGCACUGUGCACGGCGAUUCAGCUCAAUGGCAAACCCAAUGGCAAGUCCUUAUCGCGCCUGUCGUUCAGGCACUCCGUGCCCGCCUACCCCGAUACAUGAUGCCGACACUCUUCAUCCCUUUGCCUUCACUCCCAACAACGGUCACUGGAAAACUCGAUCGAAAGAAGCUACGCAGUAUUGUGUCCAAUAUCUCAGCCGAUGAGCUCCAAACCUACACCGCUUCACAUCUGACCCGCCACGCGAGUUCGCAAGAUCAAAAGAGCGACCCAGACUGGGCAUUAGCAACCCCUGAACUCACCCUUGCAAAGGAUCUUUGGAUUGAAGCCCUGGACCUUGGCACCGACGGAAAAAUGCAAAUAAGUCCUUUGUCUAACUUCUUCGACUAUGGUGGAGAUUCCGUCGUCGCCAUGCGCCUCGUUGCCCUCUGUAGGAGCCGCUGUCAGCGACAAAUUGGCGUAGCCGACAUUUACGACCGACCGACAUUGAUGGACCUGGCAUUUGCGCUGAGAGAACCGACUGAAAGUUUCUCGAAAAUACCGACCAGUCCUGCCACUGCUCCUUUCUCCAUGCUCGGCCCAUGGCGGCAGCACAGUGCCGUUCUCAAUGCUAUUCAUAAACAACUUGUAGAUGUCGAGAUCGAGGAUGUUUACCCAUGCACAGCAUUCCAGGAGGGUGUCAUGGCUAUAUCUGCGCAGCAGCAGGGAUCAUAUGUCGCGAAGUAUCAGUUUUCACUUUCCUCACCUGAUCCAGAAGCAGCACGCCUGCGGAACGCACUGAGGCAAGUUGUGGCCGCGAAUCCAAUCCUGCGAACGCGCAUCAUCUACGUCGAUGGGUUCGGCUACUUCCAAGCUGUAUUAGCCGUGAGUGAUCUGAUGGAUCCUUUAACGGAGGCUCACGAUGUGAUUGUUCGCCCCUGGGAGCAAGGAUCGCCGCUGGUGCAAUUCUCUUUAGCUGCCACCGGAUCACAGCCGGAGCUGUGGUCAUACGCCAGCCACGCAGUCUUCGAUGCUAUCACUUGGGACCUGUUCUUGGCGCAGCUAAACGCAGCUUAUAUUUCCGGGCUACAGCCAAACACUAUCGCCCCGUACGCUGCCUUCGUUCAGGCACGAGCGCGGACAGGCCAGGAAGAUGAUGCUGAAUUCCAUGACUUUUGGCUCCAGACACUGGGGGAUGCUGAGCACACCACAGUAUUCCCUGAUUCCCGCCAGGAGCGUGUGGAGACUACGCAGUUCUUCGAGGUUGACAUGGACGUUGAUGUUGGGGACGCGACCAAAGGCAUUACGGAUGCCACACAGCUCCACACUGCGUGGGCUCUGACGCUCUCGGUGUUCUCGGCAUCUGAGGACGUCGUCUUUGGGUCGGUUAUGUCCGAGAGAUCCCUAGGGAUACAGGACGGCGACAGAAUCAUGGGUCCCUGUGUUGCAACAGUGCCUGUUCGCUCCCGUCUCGACCAAGCCCGCGGACGUGAUCUACAUACUUGGCUGUCUGGCGAGCAGCGGAACGUGAUGCAGGUCCUAUCUCGUGCACAAAUUGGGCCAGCACAGAUUGAACGUCUUGACUCAAGGGCCAUUCAGUUCGAUACUAUGAUUCAGAUCAUCAGCCCUUCCUCCGAACAGCACGAUGACGAUUUGAUCAAAUUGGUUGCCAGUGGCCCUGCGUACGAGAAUUCAGGUGGCUACUUCACCACCCCCUUGGUGCUGGAGAUGAAGCCCCGCAAAGGCAGGCUUUCCAUUGAAGCGAUUUUCAAUGCCACUGUUGCACCUCCAGAUCUGGUCAGCAAUAUGAUCCAUACGCUUUUCAACAUAAUCAAGCAGCUCCGCUCUGCAGGCACUUGCACGACGCUUGCCGACAUGAAGAUCUACAGUCCCGCCCACCGAGACCAAAUCGCGACCUGGAACUCUUUCGCUCCACAACAGGCGCAGUCAACAGCACCGCAGCUCAUCUCACACUGGGCACAGUCAUCUCCAAAUAAGGUCGCCAUUGAGGCUUGGGAUGGUAUCCUGACUUUCAGCGAGAUUGAGGAAUAUGCUUCCACUCUGGCACUCUACAUCCAGUCCAACUUCGCCUUGUCACCUGCGGAAGAGACGAUCGCGAUCUGUUUCUCACGAUCCCGAUGGGUGCCUGUCGUUAUGCUGGCGGUGCAGCGGUUGAGGCGAGCAUAUUUAGCUCUCGAACCAAGUCAUCCAACGCAGCGCCUCUUACAGCUGGUGCAACAAUCCGGAGCAAAGCUCAUCUUGGCCGACGCCAAGCAGACUGAUCGGUUCGCUGGCCUCAGCCAGGUUCUCACUUUCGACCAAAAACUUCAAGAUCGUCUUCUGGCAGUCCAUGAGGAUACACAAGCAGUCGAAAUCGUCACUGUUGAGCCAUCGGAUCCCGCUGUCGUGGUCUAUACCUCCGGCAGCACCGGUCUUCCGAAAGCAAUUCUCCUCCAGCAGAGCGCUUUAUGCAGUGCGAUCGCAUCCUACGGUUCCCGAAUGGACUUUGGACCGACCAAUCGCACUCUACAGAACGCUGCCUUUGCAUUUGAUAUUCACGCCUGUGAGAUCUUCCUUACCCUUGCUCACGGAGGCUGCCUGGUCAUCGCCGACGCAGCCAACGGUCUCGCGCACUUGAGCUCUACAAUCCGAAAGCACGAAAUCAAUUGGCUUUUCAUGACCCCGUCGACAAUGCACCUUCUUCCUCAUCCGGAUGAGAUCCCGUCAGUCAAGACACUUAUGAUGAUAGGAGAGGCACCCACACGGAGUAUCGUCGAGAAUUGGGCAGACCCCACUAAAGUACAUCUGAUCAAUGCGUAUGGACCUGCAGAGAACACUCUGUUCUCGACGAUGUAUUCUUUCCGUGCGAAGCAUGAAGACCCGACAACGAUCGGAUUGCCUGUUGGCUGUACAGCCUGGGUUGUCAGUCCGCAUGAUAUCGAUGUCCUAUUACCUGUGGGUUGUACGGGCGAGCUUUUGUUGAAAGGUCCGCAGAUGGCGCGCGAAUAUCUUUCGCAGCCAGAUGAGACAGCAAGGAGGUUUGUGAAAGCACCGCGAUGGAUAACCGACUUUGACGUGGACGGUGGCAAUGACUCUCGAUUCUACAAGACUGGAGAUCUGGUUCGUUACGAGGCAGACGGGAUGCUGCACUUCAUUGGGCGUAUCGACUCUCAAGCCAAACUCAACGGGCAGCGCCUCGAGCUCGCUGAGGUCGAGCAUUACGUCUCUUCACUUCUCCACGGGGUGCGCGUUGCUGCUGAGAUCAUCGAACCGCAAUGUGGAACUCCAACGUUGGCUGCUUUUAUCGAGGAUCCUGACGCAAGUGUGAUUUUGUCCAAAGAGGAUCUCACGUCCGAAUUGCACGCCUCUCUGCCCUCGUUCAUGGUCCCCUCAUUGUUUGUCCGCGUACAUGAGUUGCCACAAACCUUCAGUAAAAAGCUAGACCGCAAGGUACUCAAGGCAAUGGCCGCUAGCCAGACUUUCCAGGAGCUCAACACGUUGACGGCUGCUUCUGCAACUGCGCAUCGUGCAUCUAUCACUACCGAUGUGAAAAACCCACCGAGGACCCCUGCCGAACGCUUACUACAAACGCUCUGGAAGAAAGUUCUCGCGUUGCCGGCGUCAGAUAUCGGAGUCGACGAAAGUUUCUUCGAGUUGGGCGGGAACUCGAUACAUGCUAUACGACUUGCCACUCUCAUCUCCGCUGAAGGUAGCCAGUCCAUCCGGAUUCCCACUUCUUCCAUCUUCCAAACUCCACGUCUGAAGGACAUGGCGGUGCUUUUAGAGUCAGAUGGACUCCAGGAUAGUACCAACAGCCCAACUGUUGCUGUUGCUACCAUCAAUCCAGAGAUCCUCGACUACUGUGCCAAGUCCCUGGCCAUCCCACCAGCGUCCGUUCAGGAUAUAUACUCCUGCACACCACUACAAGAGCGUAUGCUCGUCGCAUCUGCCAUGUCACCAAAUGCGUAUAUGGCCGAGCUCGAAUGGGCUGUACCUCUGGACAUCAAUGUCAAGAGAUUCAAGGAUGCUUGGCGCAAGACGAUCAACGCUUUCGAUAUCUUGCGAACUGAGUUCGUCUCGACUCCAGCUAACGGUACACUGCAAGUGGUAGCGAAACCCGGUGCUACAUCAGCUGGUUCUAGUAUUUUUGAAGAUGCAAAAUCUCACAGUGAGCAGAGGUUGUCUUCGCUAAAACUUGUUCCACUCGAUGACCGAGUGGGAGGAAGACUGAAGCUAGUCUGGCGCGUCCACCACGCGCUCUUUGACGAAUGGACGCUACUUAUGGUUCAGCAAACGGUUUCAGGCUUCUACAACGCCAGCGAAGUUCCUUCCCCUGUGGGUGCUCAUAGCACAUACUGGACAGAUUAUCUCCGAGACGUCGCUGUGACGCCGUUUCCCAACCCAGACGCCAAAUCUUUGGAUUCCCCCGGAAAGCCACAUCACAGACUUAAGUUAUCAACUUCGCUGCACCCCGCGCAUUCCAUGACGGCUGGCACCAUCGCUCGAGCGGCAUGGGCGCUUGUUCUGUCUCAAUACACUAAUUCCGACACGGUGCUGUUCGGCGCAACACUUAGCGGAAGAAAUGCGGGUCUGAAUGGCAUUGAAAGUGUUUGUGGGCCUACCCUCGCCACUGUCCCCGUGAGAGUGAGGAUCCCCAAAGGUCAGAAUGUACCGAUCCUGGCAUUCCUGCAGACGCUACAAGACGAAGCCGUACAGAUGAUGCCCCAUGAACAUCACGUUCCCGACGCGGAAGAUGUUCGUAGAUUCUGCGAUUUCCAAAAUGUAUUGUCCGUUGUACAAUUGCCUUCGAGUGAAGAUUUGGAUCCUCUUUUCCAACCCAUUGACGAUGAUUCCACGACCUCUACAUACCAUACCAUUCCGCUGUGCAUUGAGUACAGCCUGGACGGGGAGAAUAGCAUGCUACAGACUAUCUUUGACUCAAACGCUAUUUCAACUGUCCAGAUGAUGCGCAUUUUGAACCAGAUCGACCAUGUUGCGCAGCAACUCCAACGGCUGGGUCUGGAGGCAACUGUGGACAACAUUGAGUACCUGUCUACCUCUGAUAAACAGGAGCUCGAGACCUGGAAUCAGAUACGUCCGGAGCCUGUCCGCGAGUUCAUUGAUCAUAUCAUGGCUCAGGAGGUCGCGCGCAGGCCUGACGCACAAGCUGUUUGCGCCCAUGAUGGAGACUUGACCUACGCACGUUUUGACGAGCUGGCACAAAGACUCGCUGAUAUUUUGCAAAAUGAGCAUGGUACUGGUCCUGGCGAUGUUGUUCCUCUAUGCUUUGAGAAAUCCCUCUGGGCCAUGGUCGCCAUGUUCGGUGUGCUCAAGACUGGCGCUGCAUUUGUCCCUACAGAUCCAGCACAGCCUGCCGGGCGACUUCAAGAGAUCGUCUCCCAGAUCCAGCCACAUGUUAUGCUUGUAUCUGACAAGACAUCCCAUUACGAUUUUGCGACCAGCGCGACACUCAUAGUGCUGAAUGAGCAUGCUCUCAACCGUCCCACCCAGUACCAGACUACCAACCGAGCUCUGCCUCAACGCGACCCCUCUGACUUGGCCUAUAUUAUCUUCACAUCUGGAUCGACGGGCAAACCCAAGGGUGUCAUGAUUACACACGAGUCAUACCGCACGGGCGCGAAACCACGAAGAACAAGACUUGCUCGACACGAAAAUAUCCGCAUCAUCCAGUUCUCAACAUUCAGCUUUGACACAUCCAUCGAGGACACGCUCACAACGUGGACUUACGGAGGCUGUGUGUGUGUACCAUCUGAAUGGGAGCGAUUGAACGACCUUGAAGGAGCAAUGAAUCGCAUGCGUGUGACGGGUGCGCACAUUACGCCGAGUCUCGCGGACGCUUUGAACCCAGCCAAUGUCCCUACCCUACGUCACAUCCAUUUUGGAGGCGAGAAAAUGACACCUAGGGCGUUGCGACGAUGGGCAAGCCUCGAUGGGCCCGUUGACAUACGGAAUGUCUAUGGACCUACGGAAUCUUCGAUCUCGACUUCUUGCACAGUCAGGCUAGGCCCAGACUCCAAUCCAAUUAACAUUGGAUUUCCGAUCGGGUGUAAUCUUUGGAUCACCGACGCGAAGAACCAUGAUCGCCUGAUGCCAAUUGGAUGUGUCGGAGAGUUGCUGAUUGAAGGCCAUCUGCUGGCCAAGGGCUAUUUGAACAACCCAGAGAAGACGGCCGAAGUUUUCAUCACCAAUCCUGCGUGGGCAGAAUCACCAAACUCGUCCAUCACUCGCCGCUUCUACAAGACCGGCGAUCUUGCCUGUUAUGCCGAUGAUGGGUCGAUUGUCUGUUUGGGCCGUAAGGAUUCCCAAGUCAAUUUGAAUGGUUAUCGUAUCGAGACCGGUGAGGUCGAAGUCAACCUACGCAAUUUGCUCGAUGAUAGGGUCCAUGAUCUCGCAGUGGAGGUGGUGAUUCCCAAGAAAACCAAUCCCACAGCUACGCCUCUGCUUGUUGCUUUCCUGUCGAUGGCCGUCUCAUAUUCCGGUCUGCAGGAUACGAGUAGCAAAAUUGAAGACACUCCCCUAGCCAAGGGCAACCUUGCUCGAGUUCUCCGCGAGGCUCGACUGCCAGAUAGCUUGCGCGCAGUUCUCCCCUCCUAUAUGGUCCCCACAGCCUUCGUCCCAAUCACCUGUAUGCCGCAGUCCAUUGCGCGCAAGACUGACCGAGGUGCCCUGCAGCAGCUCGCGGCACAUCUCUCCGCUCAGGAGCUUCGCUCGUUUGUGGAAGCAUCCGUUGAUGAGGAGGACGAAGAAGAUUACAUGGAGUCUUCCCCUCCUCCGUCUUCCCCUCCUCCGUCUUCGCCGCCUCUGACUUCCACUACUGCUCUACCUACCCCUCCAAGCACUACAGCCGAUCCCAUUCUCUUGCUCCAAGAACUCUUCGCGACCGUUGUGGGCCUCGACCGAGAGUAUGUGAAUAUGGAUCACAGCUUUAUCCGUUUAGGCGGCGACUCCAUCCACGCUUUGCGUUUCGUAGCUGCGGCGCGGAGUAAUGGGUUUUCUGCUAUGACUGUGGUGGAGGCUUUGCAGGCAAAUGCGCUACAGGAUCUGGCAUCACUUUAUGAUUCAGACUCCCCUGAGUUGGUCUCAAGCCCAGCGCCAGCUCCAGGGGAAAGCGAGACUGUUUUGCAUUCAAUUUCUGGGUUAGACAUUCCGUCGUCGGAAAUUGAGGCAAGCCAGCCCGCAACAAGCUUCCAGCUCCUCGCAUUUGAAGUCUCUCUCCUUCCCCUUCGAGGCUACAUGAACACCUUCUCUUUCACUUUCAACGGCCCUGUCCAUCUUCACCGUUUGGAGCAUGCUCUUGAACGUCUCAUUGCACGACAUGGCAUUCUGCGCACUGUCUUUGUCGAGUCUCAAGAUCCGAAAGUUGGACUCUUGCAGGUUGUCCUACGCCAUCGUCUGUCAGAUGAACCGCGACUUGCCAUGGUUGAAUCAGACGCCGAUUUUACUUCGAUCAUGCCGGCUACCGGAUACGGCAAGCCUCUAGUCCGAUUCGCACUUCAACAGGGGCCCCCGACAAAGCUUAUACUAUGCAUAUCGCACGGCCUGUACGACGGUGUCGGCAUAGAUACACUCUGUCACGAUCUCUCUGUUGCGUACCAGGGCGCUCCGUUUGAAUGCGACCCAGCGCCCCAAUUCCACUCGUUCGUGGCUUCAAUGCCACCUAGAAACGACUCGAGAGAAUUCUGGAAGCGCCUGCUUCACGGUUCCAGAAUGACGGAAAUCACAGGAUGGACCACAAAGAAAGGCAUCGAAGAUAGUGAGAUCAAAGUUCGAAUGCGCUGUCUUCCACCUUCGUCUUCCGGUAGCGCAAAGUCAAGAUCACACCAAUACACAUUUGCUACUUACCUGAAGGCUGCGUGGGCUCUAGUCCUCGCCAACAACAGCAGCGCCAGUGCCGCCCGUGGUAAAUUCGAUGUCGUCUUCGGACACGGCAUCACAACUCGCAGCAUUGCACCAUCAGAAUCCACUGAUCACGUUGUUGGUCCUUGCCUGGACAUCGUUCCAGUGCGGGUAAUCGCGCCUUCAGCAACACCAGAUGCAUCAUCAGCUGGAGACCUCCUUCACUCUAUCCACAGCCAGCACCUGUCCGGCCUUCCACAUCACGUCUACGGGCUUUCAGACAUUGUACGCGAUUGCACAAAUUGGCUCUCUGGUGAAAAUGCCGAUGCCAAAGCUAGUGUCAACUGCAUCAGCACCGUGGUGGCGCACCACGGCCUCGAGGAAGCGCCGCCCACAAUUCAAUUGCAAGAUGGAGUUUCGGCGCAAGCCGUCGUAAAACCGAGGCUAUUUGGCGGAUGGGAUCUCUGGGUUGUCUCCACUGUUGUGAGCGAGAGCCAAGACGGCAGCAGUGAAGUCGAUAUCUCGAUGAUGUAUUGCUCAGAUACUCUGGCUGAAGAGAGGGUGCGAAUGUUGUUGCAUGCACUGGUAGCCGAGGUGCAUCGGUUGCGUCUUCUCGCCACUAUGUAG